UUAACGAACUCAUUGUAUAUUCAUGCGUUUGUUAGUUUUGGUUUUAUAUUAUAACUCUUUGUAUUUUACAGGACAAAGUGAUGUGAAAAUGAUACCCACUCGCAGCGGGAAGAAGUUUCUGCUUAUGAUAGAUGGUUAUACUUACUCCCAGAAAGAUAACUCUACCCGCUGGAUUUGCUCGUCUAAGGCGCAGGGUUGCGCGGCCAGAUUACGAAGGCAUCUAGAUGGUAUCAUAGAACAUAUAGAAUCGCAACAUAAUCAUCUACCGCCUAAUUAUGUUUGUUUGAAUGGCGACUAUAUUAAAGUAUAAUAUUUUUAUAACGAUAGCUUUUCAAAUAAAAGUAUUUACUUACAAAUCUUUAAUUAUUUAUUAUAUUGCUUUAAAUCAUUAAGAGUUAUGUCAGUAUCUGCCAGUCAAAGUUCGUAUCAAAACGUGAGAACCUGAAAAACAUUAACCUAAACUUAUUAACUUUUACAACUUUGUCAAAAUUUACCAUUGACUAUCAUAAAAUAUAUAACCUUUUUGUAUAUCAGACGACGACGAAGUGAAGAUAAUUCCGUCGCGACGCGGGAAAAAGUUUCUUCUGAUGCUGAACGGGUAUACCUACUCCCAGAUCAACUACACAGUGCACUGGUUUUGCUCAUCCAAGAUGGCAGGCUGCCUGGCCAGGAUACGAAGGUUGCCUGACGGAAAGAUCCUGCGAGUGAACACAGUACAUAAUCAUCCACCUCCCAAUUACGUUGUGUGCCAUGAUGGAAAAAAGGAAAACGUAAAGAUGAUACCGACACGCAGUGGCAAGAAAUUUCUUCUCAUGUUGGAUUCAUUCACAUACUCCCAGAUAAACUACUCGGUGCGGUGGGUUUGCUCAUCGAAGGCCCAAGGGUGCGAGGCGCGCCUGCGGUAUUACCCCAGCGGAGAAAUAGUCAGAGUCAACACACAGCAUAAUCAUCCUCCACCCAAAUAUAUUUGUCGAAACGGUGUUUAUAUUAAGCUGUAGAUGUAGAUUGAAAGUAGGCUUAGGCCAAGACCAACGUAUUUAUAUUUUUUUGCACGUUUGUUUAUAAAAUUUAGUUUGAGCUGAUCUAUAGAGUUUGACUCAUAUGACGUAGGUUCGGCCUAAAAAAAUAAAAGCAUAUAUUACAUUUUUUUAUAAA